AUGUCGGCAAAGGCUGAUCUCAAGACAGUUGCUGUGGAUCCGAUCUGGAGAGUGAGACCAGUUUGGAACAAUAGGAUGAAAGUUACCUGGAAGGUGAAAAGCCUGCAGAAUUUACUCAAAGAUAGUUUGAAACCAGCUUUUCAAGAAUGGGUAUUUGCAGAAGCCAGCUCCUCUGGCCCAUGGCCUUUUGUCAUCACCAGCUCAAAAUCCAAUGCAGAACAUGAUAACACCCCCAACAGCAAACAUCAAGAGCCAGAGCUGGAGCCAGGGAGAAAGGACCUGCUGGCUCGGGGAACCGCUAGUUUACUGCAAAGAGGGGCGGGGAGAAGGCGGGGGCGCUGCACGCAGCGCGCUGGCUCCAGCGGUGCCCGCGGGGAAUGUGACAUCAGCGGCGCCGGGCGCUUGCGGCUGGAGGAGGCAGCUCGCCUGGGCUGCGCAGUGCACACCUCGCCCGGGGGAGGACGCGGACCCGGUCAGGCGGGCGGGAUGUCGGCGAAGGAGAGGCCAAAGGGCAAAGUGAUCAAGGACAGCGUCACCCUCCUGCCCUGCUUUUAUUUUGUCGAGUUACCUAUAUUGGCAUCAUCGGUGGUUAGCCUCUAUUUCCUUGAACUCACUGAUGUCUUCAAACCUGUACACUCUGGAUUUAGCUGCUAUGACCGGAGCCUCAGCAUGCCGUACAUUGAGCCCACCCAAGAGGCGAUUCCGUUCCUCAUGUUGCUCAGCCUGGCUUUUGCUGGACCUGCAAUUACGAUUAUGGUAGGGGAAGGAAUUCUCUACUGUUGCUUGUCCAAAAGAAGAAAUGGAGUUGGACUGGAGCCUAACAUUAAUGCUGGAGGCUGUAACUUCAACUCUUUUCUUAGAAGAGCAGUCAGAUUUGUUGGUGUUCAUGUGUUUGGACUGUGCUCAACAGCUCUCAUCACAGAUAUCAUACAACUGUCCACAGGAUAUCAAGCCCCAUACUUCCUGACUGUGUGCAAGCCAAACUAUACCUCUUUGAAUGUGUCUUGCAAAGAAAAUUCCUACAUUGUGGAAGACAUUUGUUCAGGAUCUGACCUUACAAUUAUCAACAGUGGCAGGAAGUCAUUCCCUUCUCAACAUGCGACCCUUGCUGCCUUUGCAGCUGUGUAUGUUUCGAUGUACUUCAAUUCUACAUUAACUGAUUCUUCUAAGCUUCUGAAACCUCUCUUGGUUUUCACAUUCAUCAUCUGUGGAAUCAUCUGCGGGCUAACACGGAUCACUCAAUAUAAGAACCACCCAGUUGAUGUCUAUUGUGGCUUUUUAAUAGGAGGAGGAAUUGCACUGUAUUUGGGCCUGUAUGCUGUGGGGAAUUUCCUGCCCAGUGAAGAGAGUGUGUUUCAGCACAGAGAAGCACUCAGGUCUCUAACAGACCUCAAUCAAGACCCCAGCCGGGUUUUGGCUGCUAAAAAUGGUAGCAGCAGCGAUGGAAUUGCUCACACAGAAGGCAUCCUCAACCGAAACCACAGAGAUACAAGCUCCUUAACAAACCUCAAAAGGGCGAAUGCUGAUGUAGAGAUCAUCACCCCUCGGAGCCCCAUGGGGAAGGAGAACAUGGUGACCUUCAGCAAUACCCUGCCCAGAGCCAACACUCCGUCGGUGGAAGACCCCGUCAGAAGGAACGCGAGCAUUCACGCCUCUAUGGAUUCUGCUAGAUCCAAGCAGCUCCUCACGCAGUGGAAGAAUAAGAAUGAAAGUCGGAAGUUGUCCCUGCAAGUUAUGGAGUCCGAGCCAGGGCAGUCACCGCCCAGAUCCAUAGAAAUGAGGUCCAGCUCGGAGCCCUCGAGGGUCGGGGUGAAUGGAGACCACCAUGGUCCAAGCAAUCAGUACCUCAAGAUCCAACCCGGCACUGUCCCAGGCUGUAACAACAGUAUGCCUGGAGGGCCCCGGGUGUCCAUCCAGUCCCGCCCCGGCUCCUCACAGUUGGUCCACAUCCCCGAAGAGACCCAGGAAAACAUUAAUACCUCCCCCAAAAGCAGCUCGGCUCGUGCCAAGUGGCUGAAAGCAGCCGAGAAGACCGUGGCCUGCAACCGGAGCAACAGCCAGCCGCGCAUCAUGCAGGUGAUCGCCAUGUCCAAGCAGCAAGGCGUCCUGCAGAGCAGCCCCAAGAACAACGAGGGCAGCACGGUCUCCUGCACCGGCUCCAUCCGCUACAAGACCCUGACAGACCACGAGCCCAGUGGGAUCGUGAGAGUGGAGGCUCAUCCGGAGAACAACAGGCCCAUCAUCCAGAUCCCGUCCACCGAGGGAGAAGGCAGCGGCUCGUGGAAGUGGAAGGCUCCUGAAAAGGGCAGCUUGCGCCAAACUUACGAGCUCAACGACCUCAACAGGGAUUCAGAGAGCUGUGAGUCCCUGAAAGACAGCUUCGGCUCUGGAGAUCGCAAGAGAAGCAACAUUGAUAAUAAUGAACAUCACCACCACGGAAUCACCACCAUCCGCGUCACCCCCGUGGAGGGCAGCGAGAUCGGCUCAGAGACGCUGUCCAUCUCUUCCUCUCGCGACUCCACUCUGCGAAGGAAGGGCAAUAUCAUUCUGAUCCCUGAAAGAAGCAACAGCCCCGAGAACACCAGAAAUAUCUUCUACAAAGGAACCUCUCCCACGCGAGCUUAUAAGGAUUGAGUGAUGACCAUUCAGUCGUUUGGGUGACCCCCCCCCCAAGACCACAUGAUGAUUCUACUGUUCCAGAGGAUUAGGAAGCCGCCUCGCCAAAUUAGAUUGUUCACCAUCAGCCUGGCAGCCCGGAACUCUACUAACUCUUGAGAACUACCACACUGAACUUGUAGACUUUACAUCAAGGGAGGGGAAAAGCACAAUGCAAGAACCUAACUAAUGUGAUGAUGUGAGGAGUUUUCUUUUUAAGACCUGUCAUCCAAUUUAAAAGGUUUUGCAGAGGGUGGUAUCAAAAGAAAGUGGUUUCCUUCUAUGUAUACUAUUUUACUUCCUGAAUGUGCCAACUUUGGAGAUUUUUUUUUCUUUAUAAUUAGCUGUAGGAAUCCACAACACACAGGUUUUUCCCUACAGCAGAGGCCAUGCAGUAUUAUAUAUUCACUUUACAGAAUCUGCACCUCAAGCUCAGUAUGGGUGGUGCUGAUUAUUAUAGUACAUAUACCAUGUAAACUCUCAAACUUAUUUAGCUGUGAAGUAGUGGUGUGCAAUUCCUUGUCAAAGAAAUGCUACUUUAUUAAGAAGAUGCUGGCUACUUUGUGUUAGAGUAGGACACCCGCAGCUUCCCCAUAGUGGCUCUCACAGUAAAGAUAAAAACAAAAUGUUUUAUGUGCAUUUCUUCAAAAUUAUGCUUUCUUCAACAUCAACACUGUAUAGAAAUAUUUUCCGUGAAAGGGAAUAACUAGUACUUUUUCUGCAUAGCUUUUCUGCUGCUUACUAUUUAUUUAAGUACAGGUACUGAUAAUGAAGGAUCUAUUUUCAGUGAGUAAAUUUGCAUAAUUUGAAAAAUACAUUGUUUUAGAGAAUCUUUUGAAAUUGUGAUUAUGUUUUGCAUUUUGUGGCUUGACUUUAAUUUAUUACUUAAUUUUUUGACAUUCUAGAUAUGUUCUACUUUAAAAGCAAAAAUAACAAUUGACAUUCCCUGAAAAAAACAUACUGCUGUAAAGUUACACUCAAGAAAUCUGAGCCAAAACUUGACAUUGUGGGUUAUAUUGCCAGAAAUAUUGGUCAAGUCUACCCUUAGAUGCCUCCAAAUAGCUACUUUAGGUUGCAAUCUUAAUGAGCAAGUAAUGCAAAACUUUCAUUUUGUCCCAGAUUAAUUUUCUUUUUCAAUAUCCUGAUAACCAGUAAAUUAAAAUCACAGUGGCUGAGUUUUAACCUCUUCCCUAAAAAAUUUCUGUGAAUUGAGCACCCAACAGGAAAAUCCUGGGGGGAAAUGCAAAUUGAUAAGUAAAAGUAUCUCACAGUAUAAAUUCAGAAUGUAUUUCUUCAAAAUAUCUGAAUGACCACAGCUUUAUUGCUUAACAAUCAACAGUUUUUGCUACCUAUCUUGCAUUAAGCCUUGAGCCUAAAUCAAAGGAAACUAAUACUAUCAAUUAAAAAGAAAACAAAAAUUUUUGAAGCAUUUUCCAAGUUAGAUAAAGUGUGAAGAAAUAUUUGGUUCUUGGAAUUUGGUAUUAAACCUUUUUUUUAACACCAUUUCUUAAGAAUUCUAAUGCACACUUGAUGAUUGCCAAGAGAACACAUGGAAACAACACAAGCUGGUUGAUCUGACCUUAGUUCAGUUUUCAGUAAGAACAAGAACUGUUCGGACACAA